AUGGGGAAAGCUCAACCAUUCAUACAUUUGAAGCCUGCCAAUUUAGUUCUAAAGGUAUCCGAUAAAGCCAAUAGCCGCGGUUCGGCUUCUUUACUCAAUGUCAAGGGUUCACCAAGGUCAUCCCCAUCGCGUACACCAAUGCUUAAAGUGAAUCUCAACAAAUUUCCAGGUUUUAUAGGUCACUGCUCGAGCAGAAUCAAUAGGAGAACAAACGAGGAUACGUACUCGAUCAACAUGCUGAAAUUACCGGCCUCGGGGCCUGAAAGAAACUGCAUAAGGAAUACUGAUAUACUGGACAAGAAAGCCUACUGGGACACACAGUUGCCCCUGAAGAAAUCAGUUUUGAACUUAUCAGUAUUUGAUGGUCAUGGAAGCGAUCGUGUGGCAAAACUGCUGGCUCAAGAGCUGCACAACGAAAUCGCUGGCACCCUCCCUUCUAGAGAUGCAUUUUUCGAUCUAUUGGAGGAGUAUAAGAUCAAAGUAGGUGGCAAGUACUGGAGCAAGAUCUAUGACAAACGCAAAGUUUAUUUCCAUCGUUUCAUUGCCAACUGUAACACAAAACAAGAACAGAUACUUUUCGACACUGGCAAUUCUGGAUCACGAAUGAUCUUCGAUUCCUGGGGCAAUAUUAUAGACAAGACAAGUUUGCUUACGGAAAACGAAAGACUGAGACUAUUCACUGCAUUUCUCAACUUCGAUCUAAAGUACUGCUGCGAUUCAGAUAUAGCCCGUGGCUUAAAAAACCAGGACUACAAACCCAUUGGCGGGUCCACAGCGUCCAGCGUCUUCAUCACGUCGUACCACGAAGAGGACUCUUUCGACGAAUCUUUCUUUGUCAGUCCAGAGGGUCUGCUAAAGCUGGUGGUGACGCAAGUUGGCGACACCAAGAUAGUGCUAUGCGACAAGAAUGGAAUCGCACACAGCUUGACAAAAAUACACCAUCCUACUUCUUUCCAAGAGUCGAAGAGGCUGGAAACAAGUUUUCAAACCGAUUCAUUCGGCAAUACCAGAUUUUUGGAUAGUUUCGCAAAUACGAGAUCCUUUGGUGACUCUGUUGGAAAACAGGAAGGCUUAUCGUGCGAGCCCGACAUUUAUUCGUACCUAAUCGGGAGCACACGAUCAUUGCAGCGUUCCGAAAUAAGCAAGCUUCAGUUUGGAGGUGAUGAGUGUUUUGUCUGUCUGAUCACCGAUGGUGUCUCUGAUCUUAUCAGCGACCAGGAGCUUGUGGAUCUGAUUACUAGCACGGUCAACCUCCGAGGCUUGAAGGCGGCUUCUCCCCAGUUUGUGAGCGAGGAGGUUGUGAGGUUUAUCGCUGCCAUUGGUGGUCGACACGCAGACAAUGCUACAUGCCUGAUUUUGCGACUACCGAACUGGGGGAACUGGCCUUCCAUUGAUCGCACUGGUGCUAUCCGUGAGGAAAAGCUAAUGGCAGGUUUUUCUGGAAGCGAAAGAGCCAAUGUCUGA